AGGGAAAUCUCUGUGUUACUUGAGGUCACACUCCCGCACUCGGAGGUCACACUCCGCACCCUAAGGUCACACUCCCGCACUCUGAGGUCACACUCCCGCACUCUGAGGUCACACUCCCGCACCCUGAGGUCACACUCCUGCACUCUGAGGUCACACUCCCUGCACCCUGAGGUCACACUCCCGCACCCUGAGGUCACACUCCCGCACCCUUGAGGUCACACUCCCGCACUCUGAGGUCACACUCCCGCACCUGAGGUCACACUCCCGCACUCUGAGGUCACUCUCCCGCACUCUGAGGUCACACUCCCGCACCCUGAGGUCACACUCCCGCACUCUGAGGUCCACUCCCGCACUCUGAGGUCACACUCCCGCACCCUGAGGUCACACUCCCACACCCUGAGGUCACACUC